GAUGUAAUGAACAUAAUUGCACCAACUGUGCCAUCUGAUCGAGUGUAGCAGGCAAACAAAUAAACAAUACCAUGUCUCGACUAACGAUCCUUUUCGUCCUCGCCGUCAUCUAUGAAGUGCUUGGAGAAGGUGUCGUACAAGAGAAGGAUUCUAAGCCUGCACAGUCCGGUAUUUUGCCAGUAGCAGCGACGGGCCUUAUCGGCCAUGGUGUGGGCUACGGCGGUUACGGUGCUGGCCUCGUCGGCCCCGCCGGUGUCGUCGCAGCAGGUCCCGCCGUCAUCGGCAGUGCUGCCGGACUUAACAGCGCCGCGGCCGUAGGAGCUGCUCAACUUAGCGCUAUCCAGCAAGCUCAAGCCGUCCAAGCAGCUCAGAUCGCCAACUCCGCCGCCGCCGCCAUCCAAGGAGCCCGUGUGACUGAAGCCGCAGCUAGAGCCGGUCAGGUUAACGCCAUCAACAACGCUCAGGCUCUAGAUGCUGCUCGCAUCGCUAACGUACAGAGGGCCCAGGCUGCAGCCAUCGAAAACGCGAGAGCCGCUGAAGCAGCAAGACGCGCCGCCGCCGCUAGCUCUCUCGAGCUGGCCCGUGCCGUAGAAGCUGAACGUCUGGCCAAUGCUGCGCGCGUUCAAGCUAUCGCUAUUGCCAAUACUCGCGCAGUGGAAGCCGCUCGUAUCGCGAACGCCGCGAGAGCUCAGGCCGCAGCUGUCGCCAGUAGCGCGGCUCAGGCGCAAGCUGUCGCCGACACUGUCGCCAGACAAGCCCACGAUGGCGCCCUGCUGCUUGGCGGUGGUUACGGAGGAUUAGUGGCUGCCGCUCCGGCUGUAGCUGCAGUGCCCGUCGGCGGUCUCGGCGGCUACGGACUGGGCGGAGGCUAUGGACUCGGCGGAGGCUACGGACUCGGCGCCGGCUGGGGACUCGGCAAACACUAAAUUAGACUGAACAGCACAGUGUUGGAUUUCCCUUAACCAUAAUAACCAGAUUUCUACAUCCAUUUCAAUAUCUUCCAUAGAAAUGGUUAGCGGCAGGCCUCAGUAGAUUUGGACUGGUCAUGUAAAUAGAUUUUAUUUCGAAUUUUAUAAGCUCAUAAUAAAUUGU